CCCAACUCCCCUUCCAGCAUCUUUCAUGCUUCCCUGUUCCAACUUUGAUCAACAAUCGAUGAUGUUCACCUCAGGUUGAUUUACUCUUGUUUCAUUAAUGAGCGAGAAAUACUUUCCGUAACACCUUUAUUUAUGUUUUCAUACAAAAGUCGACCCCCGGAUACAGAUUUCAAAGAUAGGUAAAUGUGGCUGGCUCGGCCUGCCGCCAAAGUGUUGUGGAAAAGGCACCAGAAGAAAAGGCGCCGAAAGAAGAACAAUCCAAAUUAUUCUACUUCAAAGAAACAACCCAAAAGCAGUCGAGAUCGUUGGUGGUCAGGCAAGGGACAAGAUAGCCUUCGAGAUCAAAGAUGGUGGUCAGAGGCAGGGGCAAAGAUAACUCCAGAAGAAAAGGCAAUGGAGAUGAGAAGUCUAGCAGACAAAGCAUCGCGGUUGAAGAGACAAGACGCAGAAUUUGCGAAGGAAAAGGAACGAUUUGAGGAGAAAGCUUACGUCGCCAAAAAUGACCAGAGAGAAGCUGCAGAAUUGUUAAGAGAAAAGCACAGGGAUGUGAAGAGAGAUGAAUCUGAGUUGCGGAGGCGUGAAUCAGAAUUAAGAAGGGAGAAAUCUCAAUUGAGAGCAAAAUAUGCAGCAAUUCGAGCUAAAGAAGAGAAAGUCGAAGAUGAAAAGGCGUCAAUUCGUGAAGAGAAGAGAAACCUUCGACUUGCAAGGGAAAGAUUAAUGGAGUAUAGCGAAAGAGUAAGAGAAACAAUCGAUAGGGCGGUGGACUAUGUGGGUGGGUACCAUGAAGAAGACGAGAAGUUGCCGACGAAGCAAUUGUGGAUUCGACGAAUAUUGUUCAUGUUUACCGGAUUUCCUAUCAUUGGUUUAUAUUUUAUCGUUUUGACGGGAUGCAUGGCAAAUAACGUGAUCUCCCGAGCUUUCUUCACGAUCAACGUAUUUAGCGGUGCAUCUAACGAGUUCAUCGUCCCGAAUUUUCGAGUUGGCUAUUUUGGAGUGUGUGCUAUCAUCCCUAGUACGGGUAAAGAUGUCUGCACGCCGAAUUUUCCUUACGGUCGAACCGCCAGCAGCGCCGCCGCCAUCGUGCAAGCCGCGCUCUUCAAAGGAAGUACCGACACGUCUACUGCCGAAAACAUCGAACUCGCCGUCGGCAUUCAACAAAAACUUCUCCCUCUCAUUCUCGUCCCUUUCUUUGCUUUCAGCAUCGGAGUUCUCUGGACAAUCUGGACUCUCCCCACCUCCAAAAUGGCAUCUGCGAUCUUGCAGUGGAGCGCGGGUAAUAUGAUGAGUGCAGCGGGUAGUAUUAGUACUGCUGGAGGAGCAAUCCAGUUUGUCACGAGUAGGAGCACGGGUCAGCAGAUUAGUAGGGGGGUUCCGUUGCAGAUCGGACAAUAUGUGAUUGCGUUGGGGUGUUUGGGGUUUGCGGCCAUGGUAGGGUAUAUUGAUAAGAGGGGGAGGAGGAAGGCGCAUGAGGGAUUCAAAAUGCAGUUCCAGGUUGAGGGAUUUAAAGCGUAAUAAAGGGGUUGCGUGAAUGGUGUAGGAAUUGAGGAGUUGUUGUAAUGAGUCUGGGUUCUUGUAAGUUAAUUGUUGGAUAGUUUUUCAAUGGAGGAGGAGCACUGCAUUUUUUUUGUUCUUUUUCUUUCUUUCGAUGGAGGAAAGUUUGUAUUGGUAUUUGUAUU